AUGGAAAGCGGAGCCGCGGAAAAUCAAAGCAAACAUCAAAGAUUUGCAGGACGGCCUUUCAGUCAACACGUAUUUAGAUUCAAGUUUGCUGUCAACAAAACUUCUUCUGAUGUUCCAAAAAAUAGACAAGAACCGAGAUUGUUCCAGGUGAGAAUUUUAGAUGUAUUGUCAUCUGAAAACAAAUAAAUAUCGUAGUUUUAAUAUGAAACAUUUGCAGAUCUUCCUUUCUCAAGCGAAGUUUGGAUCAGUGGUGAGAUUGGCAGAGGAUCAUGGAGCAGAUGGAAAACCAAAGCAAGCAUCAAGGAUUUUCAGUUUGGCCUUCUGUUCAGCACAUGUUUUGGUUCGAUUUGAAAUUGUGAACAUUUAGUCUGAUGCUCCGAGAAGUUUUCAAAAUUCGGAAUUGUUCCAGGUGAGAAUUUUAGAUGUAUUGUCAUCUGAAAACAAAUAAAUAUCGUAGUUUUAAUAUAAAACAUUUGCAGAUCUUCCUUCCUCAAGCGAAGUUUGGACCGGUGGCGAGAAUUGCAGCAGAUUGAAAGCGGAGCCGCGGAAAAUCAAUCAAGCACCAAGGAUAUGCAGACCGGCCGUUUAUUCAACAUAUGCCUUGGUUCGAUUUGAAAUUGUAAAACACUUCGUCUGA